ACGAAGCGAUAAGAGGUGUCUUCUGCCAUUUGUGCGAAACUCUGCUAGAUAGCGUCUCAAUCGUUUAGUUUUCGUUUGCACGAUAGCAAGGUAUACUCAACAAAAUCCAAAAUGGAUGCCAUCAAAAAGAAGAUGCAAAUGCUGAAGUUGGACAAGGAGAAUGCUAUCGAUCGAGCAGAACAAGCGGAAGUAGAUAAAAAGGCUGCGGAAGACAAAGUUUCAGGGCUUGAAGAAGAACAACAUCUCUUGAACAAAAGAACAAAGACCACAGAAGACGAACUCGACAAAGUCCAAGAAAAACUCAGAUGUGCAAACGAAAGCUUGGAAACAGCUGACAAAAAAGCCGCAGACGCAGAGCAAGAUGUGGCAUCUUUGAACCGAAGGAUACAGCUUGUUGAGGAAGAAUUGGACAGAGCACAAGAAAGAUUGACCUUAUCGCUUUCAAAAUUGGAAGAAGCUGAAAAAUCAGCAGAUGAGAGUGAACGUGGCCGAAAAGUCAUUGAAAACAGAUCGUUGAAAGACGAAGAGAAGCUUGAACUUCAGGAAAUUCAACUCCGUGAAGCAAAAAAUAUCGCAGAAGAUGCUGACCGCAAAUACGAGGAAGUUGCAAGAAAAUUGGUGAUGGUUGAAGCAGACCUGGAAAGAGCUGAAGAGCGCGCAGAGAUCUCAGAAACAAAAUGCAACGAACUUGAAGAGGAGCUGAAAAAUGUGACAAACAACCUUAAAUCUUUGGAAGCUGCCGCCGAAAAAUACUCGCUGAAAGAAACAAAAUAUGAAGAGGACAUCAAAUCUCUCACUGACAAACUUAAGGACUCUGAAACGAGAGCCGAAUUCGCAGAGAAGACCGUCAUAAAAUUAGAAAAGAAUGUGGACGAACUCGAAGACAAUCUAUACUUGGAGAAAAUGAAAAUAAAGCAGGUUUCUGAGGAAAUGGACCACACACUCCAGGGCAUCGGUGAUUUUUAGAGCAUCCACGGGCAUUUCAAAUCAGUAACGUUUAGGAAUACAUGUGACUUUCUAUUUCUGUUUAGUUGUAUAACUUCAUCAUUUCUAUGUGCAUGACUCCUUUAUAUGACGAAACGUAAUAUUUGUGGAAUCCACUUUAUCCUGCUUAAUCUGCUUUUUAUUUUUGAGAUAUUUUUGGGUAUUGAAAAUGAAACAAAGGAGUAAAACUCAUUGGA